AUGUGCGCGUUCACUUUGGCCAGCUUAAGACGGCUGAGGAACGCUGUAGUCUCUCGCUACUCCUCCCCCUCUACUGCUGCCCUUGGCCGUCUCAUGCUGCCAUAUCUCUUUCCUGAGCUCUCAGGCUUCCACACUAUUCUCACGCUUGCCUCGCUGGAGAAGUACCUUCUCGAGGGUGAGACCACUACUGCCGCUAUCGUUGUCUCUUGUAGCACUCCCCGCUCCCCCUUCUUUGAAGGGUGUGCUCCUUCCCCUCUCAUACCCUUAGUUGCCUCUGCUGCUGUUGUCGACUUCCUUGGUGCUGAGAAGGUCGGCGCUUCGUCUGCUCCUACUGGGAAGCACCGCAGCGACAAGGGCAAGGGGGAUAAGGGUGGUGGGAGUGGCGCUGGUGGGGGUGGUAGCGGGGAUGGUAGCAGGGGUGGUGGUGGUGUUGGAGGCGGGGGUGGAGGCGGUGGUGGUGGCGGUGGAGGUGGCAGGGGUGGCGGAGGAGGUGGGGUGGGUGGAGGGGGCUCGGGUGGCGGUCGAGGUGGAGCUGGCAUGUGUGGAGGCUACGGGAGUUCAGCUCUCGGCGGCAGAGGCUCUGGCGGUGGACAUCAGCAGCUGCCACGCCUCCCAGACACACUGCCACCUCAGUAG